AAAAAACACGUCCUUUUUAGUUAUCUUCGACACAACAACCCUUCUCUCCCUCCUCUUAUUUUUUUUUAAUAAUCUCAAAUCUAAUUAUUAGAUAUGAUUUCUUUAAAUUAUGGAUAUAGAUUUGUAUGUUCUAAAUUUCAUGGCUUUGCUUGUUUUUUUUGCCUUUAAUCUCUCUUUUUUUCGUGUCUAUUGUAGAUUUGUUCAAGGAUUCAUGGUGGACUGGAGAAUAGAUUUACAGUUGUGUUGAAAUUUCAAGUGUUGAAGUUAUUACAAUGACUUCGAUGUUUGAUCAGAGUCUUUUAUUACUUGAAAAAUAAUUAAAGCGACAUGUUUAUUCUACAAUCAUGAAAAUAUUUUAAUUUUUUCCAAAUGCAAAAGAUACGAGUGAUGCGAGGAUCCAUCUCAUUAAGAAAAAAUCUUAAUUAUCAAACAAAAUAUUCUGAAUAUAAUUGUCACAAUUGAAUCAAAAUCAGCCCAUAACGAGUCAUAAAAUAAUCUUUUAAUAAAUAUAUUUAAUAAUCCUGAUAUAUACGGUAAUAAGCUGGCACUUACAAUCUAGAAGCCGGCUUUCCGAAGAAAAUGGAGGCAGAAAACGAAAUUAGAGAAAUCGAAGGCGCAAACGAGAACGAAUCUUCACCGAGCAACCCGAAGCCGACGCCAAAAACGGUUAGGACCAAAGUACCGGAGGUGGAGAUCCAUCUGUACAGACAAGGCAAGGGUCCGAUUAACGUGUUCAAGUCGAGCUUGGGAGGGUGGGACCAGGACCAACUGGAGGUCCGAGAAAUCCUCGAGAAAUACGGGUUCAAGUCGAUCUUCGCUUUCAAUCCAGCGUCGGGUCGGGGUGCGCCGAUUCGUUUUGGGAGGAAUGGUAGGUCUUUACUUGGGUAUAGAGAUGGAUCGGUCAUUCACGUUGACGGAGAACCAAAGGACUCCUUGAUCAAACCAGUGACCAAGACCGUGCUCGGGGUAGCAGUGAUCACUCUUUUGAUAACAUUGGCUCUGAAGGAACGUCCAGAAUGGUUCAAGAGUUCAAACCUUUUUGGCGGAAGCUUCCCUCCAUGGAUCCUUGCCUGUGCUGUUAUUGUUUUUACUCGCAUGAGGAAGAGAACUGGGGACUUUUUGAAAAAGCGUGGCUGGUAAAACAUAUGCCACUGAGCAUUCCUGGUUCUGGUCGAAGAGCCAAUCUGACUACCUUCAAGGUUUGAGUAAAGCAACUGCAUUUUGAUGAUUUAGUCCUUUGCCUCGUUUUAUACUCUAAAAAAAAAUAAAAAAAUAGCCCCACUUUUGAUGAUGAAUUGAUGAUAGAUACUAGAACAAGAUAAUCAAGCUGUCUCUGUUUGGUUAGUCGUUGAUGGACUUUCAUGGUUAUAUCAUCAAUUUUCUUUUUCC